AUGACGACGGACCCUGCCCAAGCCGCAAUGCCGACAGAACCUCGUGGCUCACCUCCCAUCACCAUCAUUCUAACCACCAUUCUCCUCGUCAUCUUCUUUAUCGGGUUCUUUACGAUUUACUUUUGCAGGUGUUUCAUGCAAAACGUGUUUUACACGUGGAACCCCCGUCGUAAUCCUUCUGGGACUCAGACGGGAGUUCCUGGUGGUGGUCCACCCGGACUCGACCCUUCCAUUAUAAAUACUUUCCCUACGUUUAUUUACUCGAAUGUGAAAGAAUUUCGACGUCAAUCGUAUGGAUUAGAAUGCGCUAUAUGCUUGUGUGAGUUUGAAGAUGAUAACGUUCUUCGCCUUCUAACGAAAUGUUAUCACGUUUUCCAUCAAGAUUGUAUCGAUCUUUGGCUUGAGUCGCAUAAAUCGUGUCCCUUUUGUCGACGGAGCCUGGAAACGCCCGUUAACUCGCCGCAAAAAUCUCCCUUGUCGCAAAAUAGUACGCCCAUGAACGAGAUUCAAGAAAAUGAGUUACUGGAAGACACGUUUACGAUCAACAUCCGAUCUGAUGAAAAUGAAAGGAACAACAACAUGAAUGAUAACGUUGAUCAUUCGAAAGAAGAAAAUGGCAAGGAGAAACAUGUGACGAUCGAAGUGGAUCGAGAUGAAGUUAAGAGAUCAACAGAAAGAUUCUCGAGAUGCAAUUCCACUGGACAUUCGAUUUCGAAAAAUAGUAAGGCGAGUGAUCACGAUGAAGAUAGGUUUACUUUAAGAUUGCCAGAACACAUACAAGCAAAACUGGUUCAUGGACAUAAUUGGACAAGAAGUUGUACAGAGUUCGGAGAAUUCAAAACGAAAACUUCCUCCGCCAAUACUGGAUUUGGUGAGGUAUCGACUUCUAGAGAUAAUGAAAACAAGUAA